CUUUUCCCCGAAUUUGAUCGAUGUCGUUAGUCCUUCACGACCCUGAUCUUGUUGGUAAUGGUCCGAGAGUGUAUGUACCUGAGCCACCAGAAGGAGAAGAAGACAAGAAGAUGACAAAGGCUGAGAAGAAAAGGAAAAAGGGUGUGAAUGACGAGUCCCCCGCGAGACACAGCCUUAUCUUCCGUGGUCUAAUCCCGGUGCUCUACGCUGGAUCUGCAAGAGCCUCACACGAUGAAUCAACAGAGGAGGCUAUUGAGUUUGCCACUCAGUACGGGAAAGAGAAAGAGCUGUGCAAGACUGGAGACUCCGUUGUUGCUCUACUCCGAGUUGGUAAUGCUUCCGUGAUCAAGAUCUUGACCGUCAAGUGAUGAUUCCAAUCAAAAAUCACGUUUUUGGCGUUUGGGGAACGCUACUUUAAACGUUUUAUUAUGAAACUAUUCAAGAUUGUGAUUAAAAUCUUGAGAUAGAA